GUGACAACACAUAACAUCCCAUUCUCUACCCAACUAAAAAAUAAAAGCAAAAUAUAUAUAUUUUUUAAGAAAGUUUCUCUACGGUUCUUGUGUGUUAAUCCCUAAUCGGACGUCCCUUUUUUGGGUAAAGCCGAUGAAUUUGCUGCGACGGCAGCCUCGGCUGCUGAGUCAACAGGGCACCUGGCUGCUGAAGAGUCGCGCGGUGGCCAAGGAUGUGUCCAAACCCGUUUCCUGUCUUGCGGCGGCUAUGUCCACAGCAGCGAUGGCUGCCGCCGCCAAUGUAUCCGCCAUAUCCCUGGUAUCCCAGUCCCUCCAAUCCGGUGCCCAAGGAGGACCAGGAGGAGGGCAAAGAGCAGGAGGAAGAGCCCCCCGAGGAUCAGCCGCCGGAGGAACAGCCGCCCCAAGAAGGCGGUACGGAGGAGGACCAGCCCCAGCAGGAGCAGCAGCAGGAGGAGGAUCCGCCCAGCCCGGAGGAGCGUCCGCCGGAAAGUCACCACCACCUGCAGGCAAUGCCCCGCCCCCGCCCCCACCGCCUCCACCUACUGCUCUGCCACCUAAGCCACCUUCAUCCUCAUCGCCUACUGCCCCGAAGAAAACCAAGUCCUCCAGUCCGCGGAUGAAGAGCUUCGAGAUCUAUCGCUGGAAGCCCGGUGAGCAGCCGCAGACGCAGACCUACAGUGUGGAUCUGGAGAAGUGCGGUGCCAUGGUGCUGGAUGCCCUGAUAAAGAUCAAGAACGAAAUGGAUCCCACGUUGACCUUCAGGCGCUCGUGUCGCGAGGGCAUCUGCGGCUCCUGUGCGAUGAACAUCAAUGGGACCAACACCCUGGCCUGCGUCUCCCACAUCGAUCAGAAUGAGAGCAAGUGCUGUAGGAUCUAUCCGUUGCCCCAUUUGUAUGUGGUUCGGGAUUUGGUGCCGGAUAUGAGCCAGUUCUACGAUCAGUAUCGAUCCAUUCAGCCCUGGCUGCAGCGCAAGGAUCUCAAGCGGGAGGCUGGGACGGCUCAGUAUCUGCAGUCCGUGGAGGAUCGCCGUGUGUUGGACGGUCUGUACGAGUGCAUCCUGUGCGCCUGCUGCCAGACAUCGUGUCCGUCGUACUGGUGGAAUAGCAGCAAGUAUCUCGGGCCCGCCGUCCUCAUGCAGGCCUAUCGCUGGGUCAUUGAUUCCAGGGACGAGGCCACCGAACAGCGACUGGAUUUCCUCAAGGAUCCCUGGAAGCUGUACCGCUGCCACUCCAUCAUGAACUGCACGAAUACGUGCCCCAAACAUCUCAAUCCGGCAAGGGCCAUCAUCCAGCUGAAGCAGCUCCUCGUGGGACUGAAGAAAAAGGAGAAGCCAGAGCUCAAGACCGACGCCCUCUUCCAGGGAAAGUAAUAGGGAAAACCUAGGAGAGAAUUCGACAUAACGUUAAUGGGGUUUAUUUCAAUAGGCAACACAAUUCCAAGCCGAACUGAUCUGAUCACUCUAAACUCUAAACACUCUAAAAAAUAUAUUUAUAAGGAGAAAACACUUACGCGAAUCUCAUAACAUAUAACAAAAUUUUAACACAACACUUGAACAAAACUCCUAACAUAUAACUAAGUUUAAACACAGGACUAAAUGGACUUUACGAUAUAGCUAUGCAUAGG